UUUACGCUAUGUACAUAGAUCGCAUUCGUUUAGUAUUCGCAUAACUUCUCUCGACUUUGGAGCACUCGGAAUAACCAGAUCUGCUACGCCGAGGCAGCACUCCCAAAAGUUUCUCAGUUGCAGAGUGACUAGCUUUAAAGCUCUAUCAAGAUGACCAUCACCGCGUCGUCUUCCGUCCCCAAGCCGGAUGGCCUUAACGACAGAUGCAGUUACAGUGAGGUGGCAACCAGUGAUGAUGGUGAUGCUCGGUUCCCAAGUUAUGAGAUGGAGGUGGUUCAUCCCGAAACCAUGGCAACGAUGGAAUGCAGUGCGAGUGAAGAUGGUCGUGCGGGUGAUAAGAUGAUGAUGAUGAAUGGAGGGAAUGAUAGAAGAGAGCUGGAAGGAGAUGAAGAAGGAGGAGGAGGAGAAGGAGGAGGAGAUGCCGUAGCAUGCAGAGAUGGAACGGGAGAAGGAGGAGGCGGCACUUGUGAGAAGCUGAAUCUAGGUCCAGAUAUGGGGACCUUAAUAUGGGGUUGGGGCCGGUGGCAGCCGCAGUGUCUUCAACGAUUCAACACGGCGCCCUGGAUGCUGGUCACCCUAAGCGCACUAUGCUUUUUCCAAGGUAUGGUGAACAGCGGCUUCACCGGCAGCAAUGCGACGUCGAUCGAACGUCGUUUCAAACUCCGCAGCCAAGACUACGGCGUUCUCGUCAGCAUAUACGAAGCGACCCACAUCGUCUUCAUGCUUUACGUCGCUUUCAUUGGUGGGCGUGGCCACAAGCUCAAGUGGCUUGCUAUUGGCUCCCUGAUCAUGGGACUUGCCUCUCUCAUCUUUGCGCUGCCCCAUUUCACGACGGACGACUAUGAGAACUUUCACGAUGAGCACGGAGACCUGGGGAUCUGCGAAGUGGGCGGAGACGACGUCAUUGACGAGCAGUGCCUGGAUGGUCAGACUGGUGAUGAUUUAUCGUAUUACAUCUACGUGUUUGGAGCUGCAGAAGUCCUUCUAGCAAUGGGUUCUAUUCCAGUCUACACGCUGGGUGUUGCAAUUCUUGACGAAAGCGUGACGCUUAAAAACAACGGAAUAUAUAUCGGUAUUUUCUACGCGGUGAGUACACUAGGUCCAGCUGUAGGGUACUUGGUCGCCGGUCUCUGUCUCACUGUCUUCACCGAUAUCAGCCUACCAGAAGGGGCGGAGCUUACAGAUGAAGACCCUGGAUGGGUAGGGGCGUGGUGGAUUGGCUAUGUCUUAGCUGGUGCAUGUAUGCUCCUUAUCGCUAUACCACUCGGAGCAUUUCCAAGGGAAUUACCCACGACGGCCAAAAUUCGAUCGGAAAAGGAAUGCCAGGCGCACGCCAAUGCCGGAGCCGAGAUAACCGCGCAUCCGAGCUUCGGAGCACGACCCGGUGACCUGCUAAGAGCCAUCAAAUACCUCUUCGUCAACCCGACCUUCAUGUGCAUCACGCUGGCAGGGUGCUCGGACUCGUUGAUGAUCACGGCCUUUGGGGUCUUCCUGCCAAAGUUCGUCGAGAACCAGUUCGCCACCACAGCUACAGUGGCUACCACCAUAGUUGGUACCUGCAUCGUACCGGGAGGGGUGCUUGGUGUGCUUUUCGGCGGCUGGAUCAUUCGCCGAUUUCGUCUACGUGUGAUUGGGACGAUCAAGCUGUGUCUUAUCUUAACCGUCAUUACCACCAUCACACUCCCCGCCAUGUUCCUCAGAUGCCCACAGAAUGCUCUAGCCGGGAUCUUGGUGAGCUAUGAGCAGGAUGAUUUCCAGUCCGACAACUUCAUUUACACCGAGUCAAAUCUCACCCACUCUUGUAAUUCAGGAUGCCUUUGUUCGACCAACCAAUACAUUCCUGUAUGCCUGGAAGGGCCUGAUCUAGAGUUCUUUAGUCCUUGCCAUGCAGGGUGCACCAUCGAUUAUGAAAAUGGGACGUAUUCUAAUUGCUCAUGCGUCGAAUAUGUAACCGGGGGUGCGUCAUCUACGGUGACAGCGGGGAAAUGUAACAGUGAUUGUGUCACCAUUCCUGUCUUCGUAGCACUUCUGAUUGUACUUCUUGUGGUAACGUUUAUGCCUAUGGUUCCAGCAACGCAUGUCACAUUAAGAUGUGUUCCAGACUCACAAAGACCAAUGGCUCUCGGUGUUCAGUCCAUGAUAGGAAGAUGUUUAGGCUCCAUUCCAGGCCCUAUCUUAUUUGGCUUCAUCAUCGACAGCACGUGUUUGCAGUGGCAACAAACAUGCAGUAAUCAAGGAUCAUGUUGGCUUUACCACAACGAGAGCUUCGCGUGGAGAAUAGUGAUUAUGUCCUGCGCACUCAAAGUAGUAUGCGGAUUCUUUUACGCAAUGGCCUGGCUCAGUUACAAACCAAGAACACAAUCACAAACGAAUGAAAAAGACAUUGAUUACGUUCAUGCUCCAUAGCUGGAAGUUGGGGCAAAGUCUAUUUUAUUUAUUUAAUCAGUAUUAUCAUCUAAAAUAAUAUAUUUAUAACUUUUUAUAUUGGGAAAAAUGAGAAGAGGGGGAUGUUGGAGAAAGAAGAUAUUAGAAAGAUUUAUUUAUAUGAUAUAUAUAAGAGGAGAAGAAGAUGGAACAAUCCAUGAAACGAUGAUAGGAGGGGACACUGCUUAUUGAAGAAGAAAAAGUAUAAUGUGUAAUGGCUAGGUUUUUUACUCGACAUAAUUUUAAUUUUCAACAUCACAGGGUCUAUCUCUAGCUUGCAAUGUCAAAUGUCGAUGACUCGUUGUUUGUCUUUUUUUUUUACCACGGGCAGUCACUGUUCUUGAUAGCCUGUACUUUACCUCAUCCCUUCCUUCCCAGAGCUCCUCGUUUUCUGUCACCUUCUCUUUCUCCCUCAAUUUUCCUUUCUGUUCUACUCCAUGCGACCCCUCUCUCUCACUCUCUCUCUCUCUCUUGUUCUUUUCUUUGCUUUUUACUCAUACUCCCAUUUCUGGGAGAGAAGGGGUGAAUGUUCAGAGCACUUUUAUUUCAUGCAUUCUGUGCAUUUUUGAGAUUCAAUUUUGAAAUGCCAGUUUUCAAAAUUAUAUGUCAGUUUUGUCAUUCCACAUUGUAUUAUUAUUGUUGUAUUUUCUUUAUAUCCUCGAAUAUAUUUAUACAUUGUUUAUGUUGUUUGUAUAUGUAUGUCACUCGCCGCCAGUGGAGGACGAAUUUCUGUAUUUUUAAAAUCAGACAAUAAAUUAUUUUGAAUCUUGAAUCUUUUAACACUGCAUAUUCUUGUAGUUCAUGCAGGAGCGUUACUAGAGAGCUUGAAUCUAUAUAUGCCACCUUUGAUUUUACCAAGUCCCCUAUUGUGUCGGCAAACUGAUGAAAACAAACAAUGAAGAGGACUUUUUAAAAAGCUUAUUGCAAAAUUGACUAUUUUGUAAGCAAAUUUGGUCCGAUGACGCUCCCAUUGGGAAUAGUCAAGUGAUGUUUCAGGUUCCACUCUUUAAGUGAGUUCAUUCGCAGCAGUUGGUAUUCAUUUAAUUCAUCAUUUCUUAAAAACGCACAAAAUGGGGAUGCAUGAGUAUUCGCUGGUUUAAAGUUAAAUCCAAUGUGCCCUUAAGGAAGGACCCCAAGUCAGAACACUUGUAUCACAUUGACAAAGCUAGGCGGUCUAUCCAGUCAUUCACUUAUUUUUAAAAAUUCUAUAUGUACGUUUUUAUUUUGUUUAUAUUGUUUUUUAUAUUGUGUUUUGGAAAAUACAUACCAUACCAUACCAAAGCUAAAAUAUUAUAAAGAAAUAGACAACAUCAAGAAAAUGUCUUAUCUAUCAAUAAUUUCCACAGUAGAAGCAUUUGUCAUUAAUUUUCAAUUAUCUUGUUAUUUUGUAUUGUCCAUUGAAAUUAUUAUUUAUGAUAUAUGUUUACCGUCAACAUUAUAUCAUCUCAGGUAAAACAACAUUUUUGUUUGCAUUAUCAAAAGUCCCUUCUCAUUUUUUUUUUGAACUUCACAUGCAAAGAAAACUCAUACCUAUUUAAAAAAAAUACAGUUUUGUAAAAUAAAAAUGUACUA